AUGCCAAAUGGCCUGUUCGCCAAGCUACAACUCCAGCACAACUCUCUUGCAACAGCCAAACCGGAGAUGAGUGGCUACAAUCAUUUGCCACUAGAGCCUCCUCCAUAUGUGCCGGACUCUGAUGAUGAGAGUGCACCGCUGAGGUCGGGUACUGACACCGGCACCGGCACCAGCACAGAAACAGCCCGGCCGUUUGAACCUUUUGAGAUAGAGGAACCUUUGGCCAAUGGAAGUGGUUCCAGAGCCGGGGGAUUGCGAGAUGCCACAAUUAAUUCGACACAGGAGGUUUUCAAUCGUGCAGGGGAAGCCGGGCAGAGGUUUGCCGACACGUUCAGUUCCAAGGUGGUGAUGCCGAUCACCAAUGCUUUGGACCCGCUUUGCGCAGCAUACAGGGCGCUCCAUGUGCGAUUCGACCAGCUGGUCGGCAAAAUAGGCAAUCCGUUGAUUGUUAAGAGACUUUUUUAUGUGAUCGUGGUGGCGUCCGUGGUAUAUGUGGUGACGCUUUCGGGGCUAUACCCAGAGUCUGCUGGCUCAUACAAUGGCGAUUUUUUCGAUCAGCAACAGCUCCAGCAGUUUGUGGACGACAACGUCGAUGUAAAGAGAAUGGAGGAGAACUUACAGUAUUUUUCUUCGAUGCCUCAUGUUGCCGGAACGGCUGGCGACUUGACCCUAGCCAGGUACUUUGAGAGAAUCAUGAAGGAUGCAGGUGUUUCAGUUGAGGAGUUCAGUGAAUUUAGUUCAUAUGCUGAGUAUGGGGCUAACCAAAGCUUGAAACUUUAUAAAGGGAAUGAUGUUGUUUUUGAGUCUCCUUUGAUUGAGCAGACAGACGAGAAAAAAGCCCAGAAGGAGGUGAAGAGAGCUGAAAAGACAGAGCAAACAGAGUCAAUAUCCGGAACGGCUCAAAAAGCCCAAACGACCGACGCCGACCCCCUUCUUUCUUUCAACCCUGGAUCAUGCUCUGGAACUUCAACUGGACACCUCGUCUACGCCAAUUACGGAACGCGUGAUGACUUCAAGUUCCUGGUGGAGUCCCAAGUCGACCUGACCGGCUCGGUUGUGAUGAUGAAGUACCAUGGUGCCGACUCCGCCACGGGGGAGUCGAUACAGGAGGGAAUGAAGGUCAACAUAGCCCGCGGGCUUGGAGCCAUUGCAGUGCUCUUCAUCAGCGACCCUCGAAAUGGAGCUUAUACUAUGGACACGGUAGAGCGUCAUGGAAUGGACAUUUCGCGAGUUCGACCUGGAAACAGCGCAGGGCAAGACAUGGAAGAUUCAAUGGAGCGACUGGAUUCUCUUCCAGAAAUCCCUGCGGUGCCAAUCUCAUGGCGAGAGGCAGUGCCGUUACUGAAGACGCUGGAGUCUCUCGGAAUUCAGGCUCCGGAUUCCUGGAAAUUGAACUUUGCCGGUGAGCCAUGGACAGGCAGCAAAGAUACCGAGUACAGUGUCGAGGUGACUUUAGACCCUGCCAAACGGCCACAGAAGGCAAUGUGGAACGUGAUUGGGAAGAUAAAGGGAAGAGAACAGGACGAAUUGGCAGUCGUGAUUGGCGCGCAGCGCGAUGCUGUUAGUGAAGGUACGAUUUAUCCCAAUACUGGCUCCACGAUAUUGGUGGAACUGAUAGCACUUUUUGCGGAACUCCAGCAUGCUUUCAACUGGAAACCGCUUAGGUCCAUCUACUUCGCUUCUUUCGAUGGAACUGAGUACAAUUUAGCCGGUUCAACAAAUCUAGCAUCUCAAAAGGUACACACUUUGAGGCGGGAAGCAUAUGCUUAUAUUGAUCUUAGUGAUGCCGUUUCCGGAACAUCUAAACUUGGUGUUUCGGCCCAUCCGAUGCUUUGGUCGACUAUUCGCAAGUCAUUACGUCUAGUUCAGGACCCCGUUCAUAACCGCACUUUGGACGGCGCUGUCGAGGGGAUGGAGACGCUACGGGAUGCUUCCAAGAACUACAUACCGUUUAUGUCCUAUCUGGGAGUUCCUUCGAUGGAACUACGGUUCUAUGGCGACGAUUAUGCGAAGGGGUCUGCUCAAGACUCCUUUGAGGCCUUCAAGAGCAAGAACGUUGACGAAGGAAUGGAAGCCCACAAGGCCCUGAGCGCUGCUCUGGCCAAGAUAGUUUUGGCUUUGGUUGAAGAACCCAUGAUUCCGUUCGAUAUAGUUGAGUUCGCGAAGGCCAUGGACCAUUACCUCCGGGAUCUCGGGGAUUACGCAGAGGCUAAAAAGAUGAAGCUGGAUACUAGUGGUGUUCUUAAAGAGCUUCUGAGAUUGAAAGAUGCCGGGCGUCAGUACGAUUCAUGGCUCCAGGCAUGGCAGGAAAUUGUGACUUCCAGUGGUGGGACGGAACCCACCCUUCUUUCGGUGAACAGAUGGACGUGGAACUCAAAACUUUCCCAGAUCGAGAAGUCGAUGCUUGCAGAUCCAGGUGUCCGCGGACGUGAAUGGUACAAGAAUCAUGCUUUUGGGCCUCAACUAUGGGGUCCAGAUGGACUGCGCUCUGACGGAUCCGCCUACGAAUGGGGCACUUUUCCUGGUGUCAGAGAUGCGAUUUUCGAAGGUGACGAGGAAUUAGCACGGGUACAGCUCGAUCAUGUGAGGCAGCUGUUUGAUAUCUUGACUCGGGGGUUUGGAACUUGA